GAGAGAGAGAGAGAGAGAGAGAGAUAAGCCACAUUACGCACCCCUCCACCAGGUUACGAAGCCCUCCGCCCUCGACUCCUCUCCCUCCCCGUCUCCCAGUCAGUGUGGGCGGGCUUCGCGCGGAAGCGUGGGAGUCGAAACGCGACACCCAGAGGACAGAGCGAGGCGAGAGGGUAGAAGAAGAAGAAGAAAAAGAAGAAGAAGAAGUGAGGGGGGGCAGGACGGAGGAGUAGGAAGAAGAAGAGUGGCCGCGAGUGGCGUGAGCGUCGGAGAAGCGGGAGGUCAAGAGAGGGAAGAAGAAAAAAGAAAAAGUCCGACAAGAGCGACGUCAAAGCUCGGAGACAUGUCGAACGGCGACGAAGAUGCGGCCGAGGCGAAGUAAGCACUCGCCGGAGAGUUCGCGAAACAACUACCUGGAAGAGGGAAAGCGCUUUUCACCUCGCCUCGACCGCCUUUUUUUUGGGUUGUUGUAGUUGAGAGGAACUUUAAGAAGCACCGCCGAGCACUAACGGACCCUAGCCCCUAAGUUCACCGGAGAGCGAGCCCCCUCGGUCGGGCUCGGAGAAAGGCGAAGUUCUCCCCCACCAAGCGGGGCGAGGAAGUGCCUGCGAGAGUCGCACUCCAUUCAGCGGAGUUUGACCAACUUUUACGGGGAAAAUGAAGACCCCCGGAGACAAUGGUUUCGCCUUCCCCGACUGGGCCUACAAGCCGGAGUCGAGCCCCGGAUCGCGGCAGAUCCAGCUGUGGCACUUCAUCCUGGAGCUGCUGCGGAAGGAGGAGUACCACGACGUCAUUGCCUGGCAGGGAGACUACGGCGAGUUCGUCAUCAAGGACCCGGAUGAGGUGGCCCGGCUCUGGGGGGCCAGGAAGUGCAAACCCCAAAUGAACUACGACAAACUCAGCAGGGCACUGAGAUACUACUACAACAAGAGAAUCCUCCACAAGACCAAAGGCAAGCGGUUCACCUACAAAUUCAACUUCAACAAGCUGGUGUUGGUCAACUACCCGUUCAUCGACGUGGGCUCCACCGGAAACGGCGUCCCUCAGAGCGCCCCUCCGGUCCCUUCCGGCGCAGGGACCCACUUCCGCUUCCCUCCCUCCACGCCCUCCGAAGUCCUCUCCCCGAACGAGGACCUGCGCAGCCCCGGAGGCCUGUACGGCUCGUUGGCCCGCCGGGUGGCCCGCGGCUCCGUCAGCGACUGCAGUGACGGCACCUCCGUCAAUUCGGAGAUUGAGGACGGCGGUACGGGCGGCGGGGAGGACAGGGCGGAGAGGAGCGCGGGCGGCGGAGGGGGGCCCGGAGGCGGAGGGGGCGGCUUUCGGAGCAUCAUCCACCCCCGCUUGUCUCACGAGUCUCUGUUCCGCAUCUACGGAGGAGCCGGCAACCCCGGCGCUCACCCGGGCUCCCGCGGCCCCGCCGGGCACCGUAUGCACCCGGAGCCUUUGUCGCCCUUCCCCGUGUCGCCCCUCCCCGGGCCGGGAGGAGCGGGCCUCCUGGCUCCGCCACUGUCUCCGGCUCUCAGCAUGACGCCCGCGUCCCACCUGGCUUACACUCCCUCGCCCACGCUCUCGCCCAUGCUGGGCUCCCACUUCUCCUUCAACCCCGAGGACAUGAAGCGCUACCUGCAGGCCCAUACCCAGUCGGUCUACAACUACGGGCUGAGCCCCCGGGCUUUCCUGCAGUACCCCAACAUCGUCAUCCCUCAGCCUCACCGGCCCGCCGCCGACAAGGCGGGCCCGGGCGGCGACCGAGGAGCGGCCGAGCGAGCCGAGAGGGAACGGGGAGGUGAGCGGCACCACCACGCCCCGCUCCCUCACUCCGCCCACCACCACCACCAUCAUCAGCACCAGCCUCACUCGGCGCACCCUCACCCCCAUUCCCACCCGCUGCACCACACGCUCCACCUGGGCGAGGAGCCGCCGCACGUGUCCCCCUUCAAGUUCAAGCUGCAGCCGCCUCCGCUGGGCCGCAAGCAAAGAGACGGGCAGGGGCAGGGCAAAGCCCGGCAGAGCUCGCUGUCCUCCGCCUCGGGGUCCGGCUCCAUGUCGUCCACGUCCGGCCUGGGCUCCUCGUUGUCGUUUGGCAGCGACCUGAGCUCGGCCAGCGGCUCCGGCCUCAUCUCUGCCUCCUCCUCCACGCAGUCCCUGAACAGCGCGGGCCUUCCCAAAAUAAAGGUGGAGCCCAUCUCCGACAUCGAGUCGGAGGAAGAGGUGGAGGUAACCGACAUCAGUGACGAAGACCCCGACGAGCGCGAUGUCGACUUUGAGGUCUUUGCGCAUCGCCUCUCCGGAGCCCCAAACCAGCACCACCACCAGCACCUCCUCUCCAACGGCUCGGCUGCCCACCCGUCCCUCCCCGACGAGGACCUGGAUGAGGAUGUGUUCAAAGCCCCCGCCCCUCCUCCGCCCGGCCUCCUGCCCUUCUUGGCCUCACCGCACGGCUACUCCACCGGCUCGCAACGCGGGCCGCCCGCCCUCAAGACGGAGCCCGGCGAGCCGGCGGACGCCAGCCCUCCUCGCCAUCCGCCACCGCCCCAGACCAAGUGCAUCCCCCUCAAGCUGCGAUUCAAGAGGCGCUGGAGUGAAGACCAGCGCAUGGAGGCCUCGCAGGAGGAGUCGGACGACAAGAAGGUCCGACCCCAGGAGCAGAGGGACCUCCGUCGGAGCAACGGCCGGAUGCAAAUCGAGGAGGACGGCCCCGGCGAAGCGGACGGCCCGCUUCUGUCCGCUUAUCAGAGCUCCGUAGGCCAGCCCUUGCCUGCGCAUCGGCGGGCAAGCGCCGACUUGCAUCGCGCCACGGCGCAGCUGUCCCUGGAGAACAAAGACUGCUGAUGGCCUCGGACGCCGGAGGCGUGUCAAUGGAAACUCUGUCAGCCCCGCAGCCUCUCCGCCCGGCCCCGCCCGGCCCAACCGUCACCUCAACCACCUUAAUUCUUACUCGCCUUACUCCGACAGAUCCCCCCCCCCACCGACAAGUUCUCUCGCAGGAUUCUUCUGGGGACGCGUUAUUUGGGACCUUUGUUUCAGCCGGUGCGUGUCCACCGACUGUCAAGCCACGUUUCCACCCAGCGGUAUGGUUCCGUUUGCCGCGCCGCAGGAUGCUAAAAAGACCCUCAUCAGGGGGAUGGCGAUACUGACAUGAACUGCACGCCGGAAAAGGGAUGGGCACCCGUCACAUUUCAAACGGAUCGGUUCCGAUUCCCAGCACCGAGGUAUUGAUACCAAUACGCAACGGGACCAAUUUUGGGUACUUUUGUCUUUGUUUACCAGAAUCUGAAUCAUCUUUAUUGGCCAAGUAUGUCGAACAAACAAGGAAUUUGUCUCUGGUAGUUCAGGCUGCACCAGUAUUCACAUUAGCAUCGAAAAAAAUACAUCUAUAUGUUUUCAAAACAUUGACAAACGACAAAAAUGAAUUAUAAAAAAAAAAAAAAAUGAGCCAGAGGAUGGCAUAAAAAGAAAUAUUUAAUGUUUUGUCAGGAAUAAAGUCUAAAUAGUAGAAAUAUUACAAAAUACAAAUUGCAAAGUUCUAACUGCAAAGUUAAAAAGUGACACAAAGAACAAAGCUCAAUAAUUGUGCGUUUAUUCGUGUUUAUCUUUGUUCCGUUGACAAAAAAAUAAAAAAGUCCGGACUUGGGUACCCAUCCCUUCUCUUACGCUUCGUACCCCAGCGGCUGACCGCCGUAAAGUUAGCAAUGUUUCUUGGAAUUGGGCUCGAUUGCACGGCGGCCUCGUGGUUAAUGCACAUCUGUCUACACGUGCGCUGUCAUCGGCCGCCGACCGUUCCAGGGCGUACACUUGCUCUCAUCUGAUGUCAUCAGGGACAGGCACAAGCUCACCUGCCAUUCGAAUGAGGACAAGCGCGACAGAAAACCGAACGAUACCGCCGGGUGGAAACAGAUCAUGAGUGCACUGGAAUCAGACGGACUCGCGGACGGUUACUUUUCCCCAAGGCCAGUCGCGCUCCGAAGCGCAACUCCUGCCUCUUGUUCCUUUUCCUCCUCAGGGGUUUCCCCUUUGCCGCCCCCCCCCGACCGCAUCCCCACCAUGACAAGUGCCUGCAUUUACUCGCCUCGCUUGGCGGGAGGAUGAGAAAAAUGGCGGGCAAAGGGGGCUCUUUCAGAACCGGAGGGUGUCGGGUGCUGACGCAUGGCUCUUCAACCUGCUCAGGGAAGCCAGUUGCCGUCUGGAAAGGAAAAAAAAACAGAACGGGCGUCCUCCCAGAGCUCCCUUGUGCCCCGCCUGACCUCCUGGCUGCCGCCGACGGUCCGCUCUCGGAGAAAAGCUUCUCACACACACACACACACGCACACACACCCUAGCCUAACGUUGACGACCAAGAACGACUUUGCUUGACACACACUUCACCAGCCUGAGCUCCUCUAACAAUCAACACACACACACACAUACAAAAAUAUAUAUGAGGUCAACUCAGCCAGCAAACACACACUUUGACAUGCUCUCACAGGCUUUUUUUUUUAACACUUAUUUUACAAUUUAUUUCAAAUUAAAAUUGUAAGAAUGUCACCUAUCGAUAAUCCCCGGACAGCACUACGGAAUCAACUCGGAGAGUGUGUGAGAGUGCUGUGAUCUUUGACAGACACCUUCUGAGUGAGUGAGUAUAGUGAGAGUACAAAUGUGUGAGAGAAAGUGAAUGGAUGAAAGUCAGUGAAUGAGAGAGAAAGUGAGCUUUUGUGGC